AUGUCAGAUUUUGAAAUGGCAUCAAUUAAUGCAUUUAAAGAAGUAUUUCCUAAUAUACGGCUCUUAUUAGCAUUAGCAUAUGUACCAGAAAAUCAUGUGAUAGAUGCGUUUGAAGAAUUAAUAGAUUCACCAUACUACACAGAUAACGAAAACAUUUUACAACCACUUAUUGACUACUUUGAAGACACCUGGAUAGGCCGCCCAGUGGGUCGAAGAAAAGGUCGUAGAUCACCAAAGUAUUCAAUUAGUUUAUGGAAUUGUUACGAAUCGGCAAGCACUUUAUUACCAAGGACUAACAAUGCAGUAGAAGAUUGGCAUAGAGGUUUCAGUUCAUUACUUGGUGCAUAUCAUCCAACAUUAUGGACAUUUAUCGAUGUGUUGAAAGAUCAGCAACAUUUAGAGGACAUUAAACUGGAACAGUUCAUUGCUGGUGCCAAAAAACAUCAAAAAAAAAUAUAUAAAAAUUGUUCAGAAAAAAUACGUAAUUUAACCUUGUCUUACAAUAUUAACGACAACAUUAAUUAUUUAAAAGGUAUCGCUUACAAUUUAACUCUACAAAUGUAA